GCAGGGUGCGCGUCCACCACGUGGGAGCACAAACACCACCACCCUAAGGCAGCUGGGAUUCGAUGCCGUCGAAUCGAUCCCCAAAUCAUCAUCCUCGAGUUGGGCGGCUACACAGUGUGGGAUCUCUAACAAAAUCUUUGGACAUGUCAUGGGUUCCAGAUGGGAUGGACCGUAACACAGCCUGUAGGUUUGCCAUUCGCAUACCGGGCUAUGAGGAGCAUGGUACACAUGUGUAUCAUGCUACCUGUGAUAAAAAUUGGGUUCGCAAUAAGGAUACAAUUUCGUGGAUGGAUUUCUAUGCUGAUCUAAAUGUCGAGAUAAAGCGAGGUAGUAACCAAAGUUUAUCGCUCCUUACAAUGAAGCAAAGAGGUAUAGAGGAUUCUGUAAAGCUAAGAGAUGCAAGUGGAGAAUACAUGCAUCACAAUUGCAAGAUGAAAGGACAUGGAUGCUCUUACUGGAAAGUGGAAGGGACAACUAGCUUCAGCUAUAGGCGUUGAUGGACAUAACUGGAUGUUUCCUGUGGCAUAUGGAGUAUUUGGAUCAGGACACGGGAAAAUUGGGGAUGGUUCAUGAGCAAGCUAUCAAUGGCAAUUGGAUCUCCACAUGGACUUGUCAUUUCAACUGAUGCAGGAAAGGGCAUUGACAUAGCUGUGACUAAAGUCUUCACCAAUGGAGUAGAGCAUAGGGAAUGCAUGAGGCACCUGUAUAAAAAUUUUAAGAAAAGAUAUCAUGGAAAGGUUUUUGAGAAGAACCUAUGGCCAGCAGCAAGAACUUACAGGAAGGAUAUAUUUGACCAUCACUAUAAUAUCAUGAAGGCAGCAUCAACAAAAGCAAUGAAAUGGAUUGAGGAGAAUCACAAGCACUUAUGGGCAAGAUGUUACUUCUCUACAGCUAGCAAGUGUGACUAUGUGACCAAUAACAUUGCUGAAGCCUUCAACAAUUGGAUAAAACAUGAUAAGUCACUGCCUAUUAUAGAACUUAUGGAUAAAAUUAGGCAAACAAUCAUGGGCAAGCUAUUUCAGAGAAGAAAACUAGCCAUGAAAUUGAACACUAAAGUGCUGCCACACAUAAUAAAGGCUCUCAAUGCAAAGAGUAGAGGACUGUCUGGUUAUUCAAUCCAUAAAGGUGUUGGCCACUUAGCAGAGAUAAGUGGUGUUUACAAGGACUUAACUCCUUGGAGACAUGUUGUUAACCUAGAACAAAGAACUUGUAGCUGCAAGAAAUGACAGCUCACUGGACUACCAUGCAAUCACGCGAUCAGUUUGAUAUGCUCUUACAGGGGUUUAGAGUUUGAGGAUUAUGUAGACACCUGUUACUCUGUCUCUAAGUUCAAAGCGGCAUAUGAAGGUUGGAUUGAACCAAUAGCAGAUCGAACACAUUGGCCUCAAGUACACCUAGGAUUCAAGCUAUGGCCUCCACAACUCAAGAGAGCAGCAGGUAGACCAAGGAGUAGGAGAAUAAAAGCAGUUGAUGAGGGUGGCACAAAGAAAAGGAAGAAAUGCA